AUGACGGACCGUGAGGCCGCACUGACGGACCGGGGUCUCCGUGGCACCGUGAAGACCCCUGAGGUCGACUCGGCGCACCCCCUCGUGGCGAGUGCCCUGCGCGGACAUCGCGCGGACGUCCCCAGCGGGCGAGGGCAGGGAGGGGGGCGCAGCGGCGGAUUGGGGGGGGGCGGGAUUGGGGGGGGCAGCGCCGCGCAGGGACACGGAGGCGUCCUGCGAGGAGUCGGUCCCUGCGUGACGGCCACGCGGUGCCUGCCACGCCGGGGCCCGUGCCGCCUGGACCCCGCCACCCACGCCGUGAAGCCCCCGGCGGCGGCGGCGGCGCCCGUGUUGGCGAUGGGACCCCCUGGGUCACCGCUCGCGAAGUGGCGGAGGAGGCCGCUGCUGGUGCUGCUGGCGCUGUGCGUGGCGAUGCAGUGCGGGCUCGUGCGCGACUUCUGCGUGGCGGCGUCGACCACCACGACGAUGACGACCGCUGUCCCAGCGACGUCCCCGCCGCCGGGUCACGUGACCACCGAGGGUCACGUGACCACGGCCGCGGCGGCAGCGGCCUUUCCGACGCGGCGGGGCGACGGCGAGGUGGCGGCGACCUCGUCGGACGCCCCGCCGGGCUCUCCUCCGGGGGGCACCUCGUCGGACGCCACUACGGACGCCUCGUCGGACACGCUCACCACCUCGUCGGCCACUCUUACAGACGCCCCGCCCGAUACUGCUGCAGACCCCUCGUCGGACGGCCUUGCCGAUACCUCUUCGGACAAGCUCAGCAAAUUAUCCGAUACCUCAUCGGACACUGCCGCAGGCACCUCGUUGGAUACCACCCCUACGGACGGAUUGUCGGCCACCCUUACAGAAGAAAACUUCUUGAACACCGCUACGGACGCCUCAACCGAUGCCCGUGUCGACACCUCGUCGGAUAUGCCCAGCUCAUCGUCGGCCACCCUGCCAACUGCCCCACGCCCAAAUCUCCCGGCUGGAAUCGGCGCGGGCGGCAGUGAUGACGAUGACGAGGCGGAGGAGGGCGAUUCGACGACGAAUUCGGCAGCCCGGAUGUCUCCGGGCCCCUCGCCGCCGCCGUCGCCGCCGCCCGGCCUCGCGGCCACGCGGGUGGGCGACGCGACCUCGCCCGGCAUCGGAGGCCGGGGCCCGCGGCAGGGGGGCGGCUCCACGGAGCCGACGGCGGCCGCCCUCCCCGCCCGCUCCGCGUCCGCGGAGGGCCUCUCCUCGGGCGCGGGCGACGCGGCCGCGGUUCUCGGCGCCGCCGCCGUGGCAAAGACGACGACGUCGCCGCCGUCGGCGGUAGAAGAGGGGGGCGGCUCGGCAGCCCUCCCCGACGAGGCGACUCCCGCGGCCACCGCGAGCGCGCGGCCGUUCAAGCAGCAGCAGGAGGAGUCGUCCGGGUUGUCCAUCCUGGCCACGUCGUCGUCGUCGUCCUUGAUUCCUUCCGACGCGCGGACGCGGGUGGCACCGAUGGCGUCGGCUCCCACGGCGACGUCCCCACCGGAGGGGCCUUCGUCAGCGGCGGCGGCAACGGCGGCGGCGGUGGAGUCAUUGACCGCCUCCUCGUCAGCGACGUUUUCCUCCUCGUCGGGGACGACAGCAGCGGCUUCCUCUUUAGAGGCCUCGUCGCUGGCGAUGCUACCGCCAGACACCUCGUUUGAGAUGUCCUCUGCAGAGACCGCCUCCUCCUCGUCCUCAGCGGCGACGGUUUCAGGGGCCUCCUCCGCGUCGGUGAUGUCCCUCUCGCCAGAAACCUCUUCAUCGGAGACGUCUCCGGCGAUGUCCGCUCUGCAGACUUCUUCGCCGGUGCUCUCCUCUUCAGCACUACUCUCGUCACCGACAACGGUGUCAGAAACAUCGUCGUCAUCAUUGUCAUCAUCAUCGUCAUCGUCGUCAUCAUCGUCGUCGUCAUCAUUGUCAUCAUCAUCAUCGUCGUCAUUAUCAACAUCGUCGUCACCAUUAUCAUCGUCAUCAUCGCCAUCGUCGUCGUCAUCAUCAUUGUCAUCGUCAUCGUCGUCAUUAUCAUCAUCGUCAUCGUCGUCACCAUUAUCAUCGUCGUCGUCGCCAUCGUCAACGUCCUCAUUAUCAUCGACGGCGCCUUCGUUAGAGCCACCCGAAACCUCAUCAGCAACUUCCGCUUUCGCGUUCACCUCGUCAGAGCCGUCUUCACUGGAGGCUCCGUCAUCGGCGGCGGCAUCCUCCUCCUCGUCGUCGGGCUCCUCCUUCGAGCUCUUUGUGAGCUUCCGCGUUCUCAACCGCGUGUUUGUGCCGGCGCUGUUGGACCAAACGUCGCCAGAAUUCCGAGCUCUCGAGAAGGAGGUGACGGACGAGCUGGAUGCCCAGUUAAACUGCAGCUCCUGUCCGUUACGGAGUUUCUACUUGGGCAGCCAAGUCAGCAGUUUUUGGCAGGGCUCGGUGAAGGUGGCCGUGAACGUGCGGCUGGGCGCGCCGCUGCCGCCCGGCUUCGACUUCACCAGCGAGUUCUUCCGGCGCACCGCGGACGGCUCGCAGCUCGGCGGUCUCGUCCUCGACCCCGCGUCCGUCCGCUUCUCCGAGUCGUCGUUGUCAUCGUCAGCGACGACGGACGUGGCGAUGUUCGUGGACGAGUUUGCCGAUUCCCCCACGGCCCUGCCGGCCUGGGCCAUCUCGCUCAUCGCGCUCACGAGCGUCGUAGCUUUCCUCAACGUCGUCAUGUUCAUCGGCGGGGCGGUGUACAUGGUGCGUCGGUGCGGGUGCCGUGCGUGGCGCGCCGAGGCCUACUACCCGGCCGAGUACAAGAGCUCCUACGCCAUGUACGGCACGGCCACGGCACCCACGGCAUCGCCGCCGCCACCGCCACCACCGCCGCCACCGCCUCUCGGCAAGGGCUUCCUGGGGCCCGGAGAGAUGUUUGAGAACGGAACGGCGCCGCUCUCCUACGUCAACGUCUCGGUCGAGUCCCACAUGUGACAGCUGCCCUGCGGACGCACUGACAGACACACACACUGACACACACACACACACUGACUGACACACACACACACUGACACACACACGCACUGACUGACACACACACACACGCACUGACACACACACACACACU